AUGUCUAAUUUUGAUGAGCUUCUGCAACAUGCUGGGGAUUUCAGAUUAUAUCAGAAAAGAAUAUCGCUCUUAGGGUCUCUCCCUAUUUUGCUACUCGCAUUUGUGUUACUUGGGGUUGUGUUCUUGGGAUAUAUGCCGGCUCACUGGAGUAAAAGUGCUUGUGUCCUAAAGAAAUGUGAUUUCUCAGAAGAGGAUGUGUGGGAUUUGACAGUUCCCCACACUGGUCCGCACGGCGGGGUCAGUAAAUGUGUGAAAUUUAUCGCGCUCACUUGCAAUAUUUCCAUAGACUGGUCCAUAUUUACCAACAACACUCAUCUGUCCUCAUGUGACGAGGGGUGGACUGUUAACGAGAACCAGAGCACUAUUGUAACAGAGUUUUCAUUGGUCUGUGAAGACUCCUGGCUUGCAGACCUAAACCAGGUAUCCUUAGCAGGAGGCUUCUUUCUAGGUGCCAUAGUCACGGGAUACCUAGCUGACAGGUUUGAUUAAAUGAUUUAGGACCACAUGUACUGCCAUGUUAUUUAGUCUGGUAUGUUUGGAGUCUCAGGGAUUUGCAUCAUAUUUUCUUACUACCCCCUGCUCCUGUUCUUCAGAUGCUUGCAAGGAUUUUUCGCCAAAAGGGCAUGGACCACCACAUAUGUGCUUGUUAUCGAAUUUUUUUGAUGAAACAACAGGAAAUUUGUCUCUGUUGUGUCCCGUACCUACUCGUUGGGUUUGGUGCUGCUUCCUGCUCUAGCAUAUUACAUUACUGUUUUAGGGCUUGGACACCCAAUCUGGUAA